GUAGCCAUUUCCCCACUUUAAAGGGAAGAGAAGGCAGAGAUCCCAGUCGCGGGGAAACAGACGGAUCAGAGAUCGGCAAACAUUUACCCUCUCCGCGAGACCGAGCACGGCGGAGACUGAAAAGAACUCCAAGCUAUCCAUGCACGGGGCGCAGAAAACGCAGAUAAGAACCGUUUAACGGCAUAAUACUUUGAGACUGUGUGCUUUCUGUGUGUGUUUGAAGAUUAAAAGAAAGGGUCUAUGAGAAUCUUGCUCUGCGGCGAGAAGAAGUUUGGUUGUUUGCCUAACAGGAGGUGGGGAAAGAGGACUGUUAGAGGAAGCCUCACAGCGUCUGCAAAAGAUGAUUUGGAACAUCGCUUUGAGGACAGGGUUUAUGUACGUCCUGGCGUUGUGGCUUGGUCUAAUGCUGCCUCUGUGCAAAGCUCGGAUUUACACCAACCACUGGGCUGUGCGGAUAGCUGGGGGUCCCGAAUUUGCUGACAGGAUAGCAAGCAAAUAUGGCUAUAAAAACAUGGGACAGAUCGGCGAUUUGAAGGACUACUACCAUUUCUUCCACAGCCGGACGAUAAAGAGGUCGAUCCUGUCCAGCCGUGGCCACCACAGCUUUAUAUCAAUGGAACCAAAGGUGGAGUGGAUCGAGCAGCAGGUGGUGAAGCGCAGGAUAAAAAGGGAUUACAAAGCUACCCCCCCCAGCAGCCCCCAGUCCAUUUACUUUAACGACGCCAAGUGGACCAGCAUGUGGUACAUCCACUGCAAUGAUGAUAUUCACAACUGCCAGUCGGACAUGAACAUUGUCGGGGCUUGGAAGAGGGGCUACACCGGGAAAGACGUUGUGGUCACCAUUUUGGACGACGGCAUCGAAAGAAACCACCCCGAUCUGGUCCAAAAUUAUGACAUGCAGGCCAGCUAUGAUGUCAACGGGAAUGACCUGGAUCCGAUGCCUCGCUACGACGCCAGCAACGAGAACAAACAUGGAACUAGAUGUGCAGGUGAAGUGGCAGCGUCGGCGAACAACUCUCACUGCACGGUGGGGAUCGCUUACAACGCCAAGAUUGGUGGCGUGCGCAUGCUGGACGGAGACGUGACGGACAUGGUGGAGGCCAAGUCUCUGAGCCUGCAGCCGCAGCACAUUGACAUUUACAGCGCCAGCUGGGGGCCCGACGACGACGGCAAGACGGUGGACGGCCCCGCCUCGCUGGCCCGCCAGGCCUUCGAGAACGGCAUCCGCACGGGCAGGAAAAACCGAGGCUCCAUAUUUGUCUGGGCAUCAGGAAAUGGAGGGCGCAGUCGGGACCACUGCUCCUGCGAUGGCUACACCAACAGCAUCUAUACCAUCUCCAUAAGCAGCACGGCAGAGAGCGGCAAGAAGCCUUGGUACCUGGAGGAGUGUGCCUCCACCCUUGCCACCACCUACAGUAGUGGAGAGAACUACGACAGGAAGAUAAUCACCACAGACUUGCGGCAGCGCUGUACCGAUAGCCACACCGGCACGUCUGCUUCGGCCCCCAUGGCAGCAGGGAUCAUCGCUCUGGCUCUGGAGGCAAAUCCACUUCUGACAUGGAGGGAUGUCCAGCACAUCAUCGUGAAGACGUCCCGUGCCGGUCAUUUGAACGCUCCCGACUGGAAGACCAACGCCGCUGGAUACAAUGUUAGCCACCUGUAUGGGUUUGGGCUUAUGGAUGCGGAGGCGAUGGUGAAGGAGGCCGAGAGAUGGAAGCAGGUCCCCGCCCAGCACAUCUGCGUGGAGAGUGCUGACCGGCAGAUCAGGACAAUUCGGCCGGAGCAUGUCGUAAGAUCGGUGUACAAAGCGACCGGCUGCAUUGAUAACUCCAACCACCACGUGAUCUACCUGGAGCAUGUAGUGGUGCGAAUCACCAUAACACAUCCUCGCCGUGGAGACCUGUCCAUCAACCUCACCUCCCCCUCCGGAACAAAGUCCCAGCUCCUUGCCAACAGGUUAUUUGACCACUCUAUGGAGGGGUUUAAGAACUGGGAAUUCAUGACGACUCACUGCUGGGGAGAGAAGGCAGCUGGAGACUGGAUACUGGAGAUCUAUGACUCCCCCUCCCAACUGCGGAGCCAGAAAGUCCCAGGGAAGCUGAAGGAGUGGUCUCUGGUUCUGUACGGCACAUCUGUCCAUCCCUACUCGUCACUCCGCUAUGACAAGCCGCGAUCUGCCGAGCCGCCCACCGACGAUGACUUUCACGAGGAGUACAGCGGCCCCUGCGAUGCUGAAUGCAAUGAAAAUGGCUGUGAGGGUCCUGGGCCGCACCAGUGCACCAACUGCCUGCACUACUUCCUGAAGUUCAAGAACAACACCAGGACGUGUGUGUCCGAGUGCCCCUCUGGGUUCUUCCGUGACGAUAAGAAGCGCUGCAAGAAGUGCUACUCCUUGUGCGAGACCUGUGUGGGCAGCCGCAGCGACCAGUGCACCUCCUGCAAAUCUGGGUACCACUUGAACGAAGGGACCAAUAGCUGCGUCUUCAGCUGCGGUGACGGACACUAUCUCGAGACCGAGGCAAACGUGUGCAGGAAAUGUGGGGAAAACUGCAGGAAAUGCACGUCAUCGACAAUCUGCACAGAAUGCAAGCCGGGCACGACUCUACAGGGGAAUAAGUGUCUAAUGAGCUGUGAUCCAGGGAGCUACUACAAUGGCCACAGGAGAACCUGUGAGCCUUGUCAUCGAGCAUGUGCCACCUGCGCAGGCACAGGCAUGGAGGCGUGCAACAAGUGUGCGGAGAACUACUACAUGGAGGAGUGGAGGUGCGUCCCGAGCUGCAGCGUGGGAUUCUACCCGGCCGAAACCACCUCUGAAAAUGGGGAGCAGCAGAAAGUCUGCAAGAAGUGUGACGCUAGCUGCUACUCCUGCACCGGGCCUGGGGAGAGGAACUGCAGCACCUGCAUCAGUGGCUACAGCCUGGAGGGCGGUGUGUGUGUGGUCAGUACCAUCUGCCGAGAUGCAAAUGAAGAAUCGUGGGCAGAGGGCAGCUUCUGUGUGUUGGUCAAAAAGAACAAUCUCUGCCAGAGGAAGGUGCUGCAGCAGCUGUGCUGUAGAACAUGCUCUCUAAGAGGGUGACCAGACGGCCAGGGGUGCUCAGCCUCUGUAUGCAUUUAUAGCGAUAAUUUAUAUGAAAUUCUGUGCCUCCCCCACCUCUCUAAGGGAACAAGGCGAACUGCGGUUUCAGUGACAGGACUACAACAAACCUACCUUUACCUGUACAGGACAGACCUGCAGGGAACAGCAUCUGGAAUUGGAAAUAACAAACAUGUUGGUAUUUUUGUGACCAAAGCAUCGAUGCCAAAUUAAUUUUUACAUUGUCAGCGUAGGAGUUCUAGUUUGCUGGGGGCAGGGGGGGAAGGGGAGGGGUGCC